GGAGCUUGUUGAAUUCGUCUUUGAAGAGGAAGAGAGGAGGUGAGGGAGAUAUGGAUUGGGACAACGUAGCUGCUGAGGAUGUGAUUGAGGCGUUGAGAGAAGUUGAAUGGUCGACGCCUCCUCGUUCGUUUGGCGAGUUCUUCUCUAGAUUCGCAUUCCCUCGCUCUUUCUCUAAAUGGAAGAGCCGCCUCAAAUGCAAUCUCUACUACUAUAGGACGAAUUACUUUAUCUUGGUGAUUUUCGUUCUGGGUCUUGCGCUUGUUACAAGACCAUUGGCUAUUCUGGGAACUGCUCUAACAGCCUUAAGCAUAGCUUUCCUUAACGACAGUUUUGCAGCUAGUUUUAAUGAGAAGUUCAUAAGGACGAUUAGGCAUUUCUCCCCACACUUGGCUGCAAAAAUGAGACCUCCCCACAUGCCUGUCAUCCGUGGAAGAUCUGCAGCAAGAAAGACUGUAUAUGUUUGUGGGAAACCGCGAUGGGUAUUCGUUAUUACUUUCCUAACAGCCAGUAUUGUCAUGUGGUUUUCUUCCUGCGGUUUGUUGUGGGUCCUCUAUGCACUCCUUACUUCCCUUGCUGUGAUCAUUGUUCAUGCAAGCAUGAGAACCCCAAAUCUCAAGGCACGCUUGAACACAUUCCGUGAAGAAUUUCGGGCGGUCUGGCGUAACUAUAGUGAACUUUAAGUCACAGGUCGCUACACAAUCUAGAAGCAAACAAAACAGCCAUCAUGUUGUCAACUGUCAAGUUAGGGGAUGCUUUCCAUCAACCAUGUUCGCAGUUUAUUCUUAUCUUCUAGUAAUAUUCUAGCAAUAUAGGCCAUUAGUGAACAUCCCUUCUUUUGUGCGAUGAUGGCUGAUGCACUCCAGUUACAUGGUUAAUAUAGUUAUUGGCAGUUC